AGAAGAGAAUGGUUAAAAAAGGAAGGGUUUUCCAGUACAUAACUUCACUUUCUUCUUAUUUGUUGUUGUUUGUUGCCACUAUGUGACAGACUCCACAUGCUCAUGGUGGGAAAGGUCCUGACUGCAGACCCACCCACAUGGAAGUGGGAGAAAAUCAGCAAAGCUGAUCUGACCCACCUGUUCACAUAAUCAGACCCUCCAACUCCAACUCCAACUCCAACUCCAACUCCAACUCCAAGCCUUUCAAUCUCUCUCCCUUUUCCAAUUAUUCAAUUCCCUCAUUUAUUUAUUCUUUUUAAAGUCUUUUACAUAGAAAUCAGACCCACACAUUCCAAGUCCCUCUUUCUUACAUACAGAUUAAAUACAUACAGAAAACAAGUGGGCAGUGCAACUUCUCAUUCUUCUCACCACUAGAUUUCACAUAACACACCAACAUCCCCCCUGUUAUGUACUCUAAGCCUCUAGCUGCCUUUAUCCUAGAGAAGAGAGAGCCAAAAAACAAAGUAUUGUUUUCUUUGGUCAGGAAACCCAAAAAACAUCUCUUAUUGGGGUCUGGAACUCCCCUUAAGUGUUUCAUAGAUUAGAAUAGUCCUUUGAAGGUGGGGGCUGUUUUUAGUUUUUUCUUUUUGGUCCCCUCUUCCCUUUUUUUUUUUUUUUUAUUUUGUUUCUUUUGGUUUUCUUACAGAAGAUAUUGUCUGCCUUGUUCUGUGAAGCCCAAGAAAACGUUUUAUCUCAUUGCAAAUGGGAAGAAUGGAAAUGUGGGGUUCUAUCAAUCUCUCUUUUUAUCUUUAAAUUUGUCCCAAACAUUCUCCUUUCUGUUAGUAUUCAGAAAAUUCUCUGAAACCUCACAAAAGAAAAAAACACACACCACUCCAAAAGAAAGAAAUAUCUGAGUUACAGAAAAAGAAAAAAAGAAAAACAUUCAGCAUUCAGAAUCCUGACAUGUAACAAGCUAGAAUAUACUUGGAAGCCUCAACAACAUAAACCUUUUACAAGGUUUCUCCCGAUGCAUAUGGCAUGUUAACCUUUCGAAACACAUGGAUUCAUUCAUUGUCAUCUAAGUUUUGCGGAAGCUAAGAAAGUUUAGGUUCUGUUUGUUUUUGUUAAGUUGUAGAGAGAAAGUGAACAUGUCUGCAAAGUUUUUAUAUUCUUUAUCAGAUGAAAACCCAGAUCUGCAAAAGCAGAUUGGGUGCAUGAAUGGACUGUUCGAGCUCUUUGACCGCCACCAUUUCCUUGGUAGCAGACGCAUUGCCACUCCAAACCACAAAAGGCUUCCACCAGGUCAAAACGGCAGGCAAGGAACAGAACCCAAGAUUGCUUCGCAAAAGAUAAAAGAAAAUAAUCUGAAGAAAUAUGUGAAGGAGAAACAAAGAGUGUCCUUUGAAUCACCCAGAACCUCGUUUUCAACUUCCUCUUGCUCAUCUGGUUUCUCAUCUGCUGACUGCAGCAAAGCAUCUCAAGUAGACCGAUCUUCAUUGUGCCAAACCACCUGCUCUGAAACCCCAAGGCUGGAAAUAUCCAAUUAUCAAUCAAAUGCUUCUUUGCAAUCAAACCAACACUCCCUUGACCUCCGAAAUGUGGUUAAAGACUCCAUCUAUAGAGAAGCCCGGGGAUUAUUAAUUAGAACUGCAACAAAAGUGGAAGCAGGGCGCCACCAAACCUUGAAGUACAUAGAUUCCCCAAGACCUUUGCAGUCACCAAAACCUGCAAACACCAGGAACACCAGUCUCAAUGAAUCAAGUCAUGUCCUUCCUAAGCUUCGAGAAGCGCCUAGAAUGUCCAAUGAACGCAAUGAUGGUUCUCUUUCUUUUGCACCAAGGGAUGCUCCUCGGUUCUCUUAUGAUGGAAGGGGGUCACAAGAUGCACUUAAGAUUAAGCUCAAAGAUCUCCCAAGGCUAUCACUAGAUAGCAGGGAAAGUAGGAAAUCAAAUUUUCUUCUAGGAGAGCUGAACAGGAGUAGCAUAGACUCCAAUGACAUAAGAAACCAACAGCAAGAAUCUGGAAGCUACAAAGGACCGUCUAGUGUUGUAGCGAAGUUGAUGGGGUUGGAAGAAUUGCCAGACCCCAUACUAACCAAUGGGAAUCAAAGACGACAGCUGAAAACCUGUCAGGACUUGAAAGAUGAUCCCCUCUCACGCUCAUCGAGAUUUGAUGAGAAGAAGAAUCGGAUUUCUGGCUCACCAAGAAAUUCAAAAAAGGAACCCAGCUCACCCAACUUGACAAAUGCGAGUUCAAAGAAACCUGUUACAACUAGAAGCCCAAUUGAACCAGCCCCAUGGAAGCAGCUGGAUGGAAACAGGGAUCAAACGUCAGCUUUGAAAUGUCGAGAAACUCCACUGAAAGCCCCAAACUCCUCUCUAACUGUUUAUGGUGAAAUUGAAAAAAGGUUCGCAGAACUCGGGUUCAAGGAGUCAGGAAAGGGUCUUAGAGCCCUUAAACAAAUACUUGAAGUAAAGCAGAAGUCUAAACAGAUGUUAGAGACCAGAAAAGAAGACCAAGCUUCAAAUUUUGUAUCUCACACAAACAGCAUCCUUGGUCAGAGCUCAGUAGCACCAAAUUUGAGAAAGAUACAAAUUAGCAAUGCAGUUUCAGCCACAUUUAAGGGAACUAGUUCUCCAACAUGCCUUAGAUCCCCAAUCCAGAUUACAAAACCAGUAAAAUUUAUGGAAAAUGCCAGCAAUUCUACUUCAUCUGUUGUUGCAACUGGGACUUUAAGCAGGCUUCGCACUGGCAGCCCUGCAGAUGCCAGGAACCAUAAGAUUGACAAGCGAUCAUAUAAAGAUUUAACUCCAAAACCUAAUCCUCAUAGCUAUCCUUCAAGUCCAAGCCAUUCAAGAGAUAGGAAUAAUGCCAGAACUCUAAGAUUCAACCAAAUUUCAAAAGAGCUGUCACCUACUGCUCGAGAAAACCCUAAGCUGGCAAUGAGCUCAGAGACCACACGCCUUAAAGUGCAGCAGAAGAAGCUUGAAUCGGGAAGCCAAUCACGUUGCACCAGUCCAGCAUCAAAUCAGAGCAGGAGCAGAAGGCAAUCAAGCAGGCUACAAGCAGAACCAACCUUGGCACAUCGAAACCCCAGGCAUAAAUCUCACAAUUUGCAGCGGAGUGAUGACCAAUUAAGCGAUGUCAGUAGUGACAUGAGAGAUUUUAGUCAGCAGGGAGAUGCUAGUUCAAUGAAAUCUGAGAGCAAUAUGAGUGUGGCCUCCUAUAGUGACAUUGAAGUCACAAGUGCUGACAGAUCUUGCAAGGCAGGGGGUACAUUCUCCCGAAAACAUGAAAAGAAGCAGAACAAUCCAGUCACAAGGUUUAGUGUAGGUGGUUCAACAGCAGAACCUCCAAGAACUGCCCUGGAACAACCUAGUCCUGUCUCUGUUCUAGAUGCCACAUUUUAUGGAGACGAAUCACCAUCUCCUGUGAAGAAAAAAUCAAAUGCCUUCGAAGAUGAUGAGGGUCUUAUCCCUAAUGAAGCAGACUGGAGUCCUAGAGGUCUAAAUCACUUAGCCACCAGCAAAGAAACCAGUCUCAGGUUCAAGACAGAUUGCAGGAAAGCAGAAAACAUCCAGCACAUGGUCCGGAAACUCAUGAACUUAGAUUCUAUCCAUGAGUGGUCCACUGUCAAUGAAAUUUCUCCCGCUUUCAGUAGUCCAAAUCCAGACCAUAAAUACAUUGUUGAAGUCAUGUUGGCAUCAGGUCUCCUCAGCGAGCUGGACUCCUGCUUCUUGCCCUACCACCUUUAUCCGUCAGAUCAUCUAGUCAAUCCUACCUUGUUCCCCGCCCUAGAGCAAACCAAGGCAAGCAUUAGGCUUGAAAAUGGAAAACACAAUGGCAGAAAAAUCAAACAGUUAGAGCCCAUUGAGAAGAACCACAGGCAGCUUAUAUUUGAUGCAGUUAAUGAAAUUGUAGUCAGAAAAUUAGUUAAGGAAGGCUCUUACAAGCAGUGGCUCUCACCAAGUACGCCAGAGGAUAGAAGACCAAAAGGACAGCAGCUGGUAAGAGACUUAUGUUCAGAAAUAGAUAAAAUACAAACUGCAUCAAAUAUAAGCUCGGAUAAUGAGGAUGAUAGUCUGAAAAGCAUUUUAUGGGGAGAUUUGACGCUUGGAUCGAUGGAUUGGACGGAGUGUCGGAGUGAAAUUCCAUGGGUAGUGCUAGAUGUGGAGAGGUUGAUCUUCAAAGACUUAAUAUGUGAAGUUAUCAGUGGUGAAGCAGAAAAUCCACAAGGGCAGGCUGGCAGGCAUUGUAGGCGACUGUUUUCGAAGUAG